AUGCCUGUGUUAAGCCCUCUCGAGUUUCGUGAUUGUGUUGUAGACAGCCCUAAUUUCCGGAAAGCUUUGUCAGACCAUGAGGCUGACUUAAAAGCUGCAAACAGAAAAGUUAAGGAUGUUCAAGUAAACACAAGAAGAGUUUUCGAAGCUAUGGAAACAUUAAACGAAGCGCUGAUCGAUUAUGCUGCAUCAUUGCGUGAUUUUUCUGAAUAUGCUGCACAUCAAACAGUUUGUAUAACACAAACAGAAAAUGAAGUGUCUGAAACCGAUGAUGAUAUUAUCAUUAAAAAUGCUUUAUCCGUAUACGCAACUAUAAUUAGAAAUGUUGAAGAAGCUAGACGUACAAUGAUUCGACCUAAUAAAGAAUUAGUGUUAAAUGAACUAUCGGAAUUACGUUCUGUAUGGUUAAGUGGUCAAAAAACUAAUGUAAAAACAUUUCAAAAAGAGACAAAAAACUUUUGUCAAUCACUUGAAAAAUACACAUCAAUUAAAUCAAAAGAAUUUACAGAUGAUAAUGAUGCAAAAAUGCUUCAAGAACGUAAAAAUUAUAUGUCUAAAGCAUUUGAAUAUAUUGCCAAUAUAAAUGAAGCGCAUGAAUUGAAAAAAUCCAAAUUUGUUCAAACGAUAAGUUUAAUUAUGCGAAUGUUAUCGAAUUUCUAUUAUCAAGCAUUUGAACAAUUCAAAGAUUCAUCACAUCAAAUUAGUCAAAUACUUCAAGCUGCACAACGUUCUAGUGAAAAUUAUGAACAAAUUAGUUUAGAAAGUAAAACUUUAACUGAGAAACUAUUGAAUACACCAUGGGAACAAAUACAAUCUACACAUUUGACUGAUACACGUGAAGGUUAUUUAUUUGUUGCUACAAAAAAAACUGUGAUGACAAUUUGGACAAAAAAUUUCUGUACAUAUAAUCGUAAUAGUAAAAUAUUAAGACUUACACCAUAUACUCAAUAUCAAGAUAAUGAAAAUAAUACUGAAAUAUUAAAUGUCAUCUCGUGUCGACGACGAUCAACUGAUUCAAUCGAUAGACGUUGGUGUUUCGAUAUUGAAGUAUCCACAAGAUCAUCUCCAAUUACUUUGCAAGCACAAUGUUUAGAUGAUCUACAUGAAUGGUUACUUGUGAUGGAUGGAAAAGAGCCAAUUUAUAAAGAUCGUUAUGUAUGCAUACGUGAAUCUGAUAAAAUUGAGUUCAAUGAGAAAAGUUAUGAAUUUCUAUCGGACUUAAUCUAUGCCAUUGAAAAAAUUGGUCUUCAAAAUGAAGGCAUCUAUAGAACAUGCGCAGUGAAAUCAAAAGUUGCCGGUUUUAUUAAACAAGCAUUAUUGAAAAAGUUGAUAGUUGUUGUAGAACGUAAUCAGUCACAUGAAAUAUUAGAUAUGAUUCCUGCUGUUGAACAACUUAUCAAAUCACACAGAUCAUUUCUUAGGCAUUAUUCAUCUUGA